GAGGAGCACAGCAAUAGAGGCGGACCAAUUGGGCGGACCCAAUCUUGCAUUCCUUCUUGUGUGAAACAACAUACUAUAGAUCUAAAACUCUCUUCCAAGCCACAUUCUGCAGAAAGAGUUAAAUAAACAGGAAAGAGUGGCAGGAGACCUGUCAGGCAAUUUGUCUACUUUCCUUCCAAAUCUUUUGAAGACUGUGUACUGCGACCCCACUAACCAACGGGUGGACAUGUUAAAGAUGCCGAGCAGCGAUAGCAGUACGGUAAACACAGGCCCCAAAGGGGUGAUCAAUGACUGGAGGAGAUUCAAGCAGCUCGAGACAGAGCAGCGGGAGCAGCAGUGCCGGGAGAUGGAGCAUCUCAUCCAAAACCUCUCAUUGACAUGCAGGUCCCACCUGGACGAUGAGGAGGACAAGCGGAAGCAGCAGGAGCUCCAGAAAAAGCUGAAUGGCAAGCUAACCCUGCAGGAGUACACUGCGCUGCGUGAGGGCCCAGAUGAUGAGGAGUUCCUGCAGCAAUACCGCAAGCAGCGCAUGGAGGAGAUGCAGCGGCAGCACUUCAAGCGGGUCUUUGAGAUCCACAGUGGGGAGGCCUUCCUGGACACGGUUGACAAAGGACCCAAGAAUUCCCUGGUGAUGGUCCACGUCUACGAGGAUGAUGUCCCAGGGGCUGACUCCCUCCACGGAUGCAUGGUCUGCCUGGCCACUGAGUACCCCCUGGUCAAGUUCUGCUGUGUGCGGAGCUCCCUGAUCGGCGCCAGCUCCCGCUUCACCACCAGCGCCCUGCCAGCACUCCUGGUCUACAAGGGUGGGGAACUGGUGGGCAACUUUGUCCGUGUCACUGACCAACUGGGUGAGGACUUCUUCGCCGGGGACCUGGAGGGCUUCCUGCAGGAGUGCGGCCUGCUCCCUGAGAAGGACCAGGUGCUCCUCACCUCUGUCCUCAAUGCCUCCUCCUCCUGCCUCAGCGAGGACAGUGACCUGGAGAUCAACUAGGGGGAGCAGAGAGGUGCCUGUGAAGGGGCGAGUAGAAAAGCCCACCCUUUACUAGCCCCUGGAAGGCAGUUACCCAGUUGCCACCCCCCCACCCCCAUUCCCAAAUGGAGGAGCCACCUCAAGCCUCCUGCUGAAACCUGUCCAGCAGCCUGCAGCCCCUCUGCUCUGUGAAAAAGUGAAUGAAAAAUCAACAGAAAAGCAAGUAUUUAACAGACAUCAUAAAAAAUGAAUGUCAAACUUGCUGUAUUUUAAUAAAUAAUUAUCAAAUCAAGUA